GUGGAAAGUGCGAGUCCCAAUGCAACGGUGUGUUAUUUCUAGUGACUGAUGGCGGACAGGCGAGGCUCACAGUAAUAGCAUGGAUCCGGACAGUGGGGUGGACACUCAGCGAACUCUCAGUCUUCAAUGGAAGAGCUAUAAGCUAGUACAAGACCCUGCUCUCCGAAGGGUUACUCAGAAGAUCUACAGAUACGAUGGGGUUCACUUUAGUAUACCGGAUUCAGGAUUUCCACCGGUGGGGGACUUGCGUGAUCCCAGACCCCGCAGAAUCUGGUCCAGACACACAGAGCUGUCGCUACCAGUACCCAAAUUUAAGCUGGAUGAGUAUUAUGUAGGCCCCAUUCCGCUUAAAGAAGUGACGUUUGCAAGGCUGAAUGACAACAUCAAGGAGCCGUUUCUGGCAGAGAUGUGUGCUAAGUUUGGUGAGGUUGAGGAAAUGGAGAUUCUGUUUCAUCCCAAGACCAGAAAGCACUUGGGCUUGGCCCGUGUCCUUUUCACAAGCACUAGAGGAGCAAAAGACACAGUCAAGCACCUGCACAAUACAUCUGUCAUGGGCAACAUUGUCCACGUCCAGCUGGAUAUUAAAGGACAACAGAGAAUGAAGUACUAUGACCUGAUAGUGAGUGGCUCGUACACCCCUCAGACAGUGCCGACUGGAGGCAAAGCGCUCACAGAAAAAUUUCAGCCCCCAGCCCCAACUCAACCAGACACAUCGUCUGAUAUCCGGCGGAGGCUCUCGACAGACCAGAUGGCAGCGUCUGUUUCUGUCCCUCUCAACUCUGGGAGCACCACCCCAUGUUCUGUGGACACCGGGUUUGGAGAUCAGCGGCUAGACACCCCACCAUCCUCUCUGGGGGGUCCCUUUACACCUGGUUCCUCUGCUUCUUCACAGGGUGGGGGCACUCCUUACACUCCUCGCUCCGGAACCCCUUUCUCCCAGGACUCGGGCUACUCUGUUGGCAGACAUGGUGGAUAUAACAGCGCUCCACUCAGCAGCAGCUAUCCCCCACAGGAUAUGCUUCCAUCAUCCUCCUGCUCUUCCUCAGCUGUAUCCUCAUCAUCAGGAUUCAAGCCCCCUCGAUACCCUGAUGAUCUACAUGCUCCACCUCCACAAGAACCCUCUAUGUAUCUCAGGGGUCGGUCGGGAUAUCCUCCAUCUGCACCUUUCCGGCCUAAUGAACCUCCUUAUCCAUAUCCCACCGUAGGAGGGUCUGGGAUGCAAAUGCCAUUACAUCCACCCAUGCCACCUCCAGGCCCUCCAUAUGAACCGCCUCCUGUUUCUGAUAGAGAGCGAGAGCGAGACAGAGAGCGGGGACACCGGGACAGAGACAGAGAGCGGGAAAGAGACUCAGGGGGCCGCUACGGAGGUGGAAUAAGUUCCCGUCGUUCCUCUUACCACUACCAACAAGAUACAAACUCGUCCAAAUCGUACCAUUCGCACCACUCCCAUCAUGCCGACCGGCGGGAAGACAGAGAUGGCAGAGGGUACCGUCGGGACAGCUUAGGCUCCAGGUCGGGAGACCACGGAAGGCAUCGGAACCACCAUCACUCCCACAAUCACCACAGCAGCGGGGGAGGUGGGUCCAGCAGGCGGAGGAGCAGCAGAGAUCGGGACUGGGAGAGAGAUCGGGAAGGAGACUACUCCAACAACUCCGACCCACGUUACGGAGGUCACUCAAACUCGUCCAAUAGUCUUUCUCCACCUUCUGCCACCUCCUCGUAUGGAGGAUACUCGUCAUCUAAAGACCCGUCCCCUUACGACACACCCUCGUCCUCACGGUUGGAGCCUUCGCCAACCUUCCGUCCCCAACAGGAUGCAGGUGAGAGGGGCUUUGGGAUGGGGAGUAUGGACAAUGACUAUCGCACUCGCACACCCCUUGCUCCUCCGCCUGCACCUCCUCCUCUCCCGCCAGCCUCCGUCAUCGCAGCUGCCGUGGCCGAAACGCUCGGGUCUCUUGAUUUUGGCCAUGAGAGCCCAGUCCGAGAAGAACAGUGGACCAAACCAAAACGCCAUCCUAGCACCCCACCCCAUCCUCCUCGCACACCCCCUUCCUCGCCUCCCCACGCCUCCAUCCCAUCAUCCUCUACCUCUCCUUCCUCCACCUCCCUGCCCCACCACCUCCCCUCCUCUACAGCAUCUCUCUCUCCGCCUCCCCCACAACGCGAUUCCUCCCCAGAGCCAGACUCAACCAAUGAGAGCCUGCCGUUCAUGCACCACAGCAGCAGUUUGGACUCGCGUAUUGAGAUGUUGCUGAAAGAACAAAAGGCUAAGUUUUCCUUCCUCGCCUCAGACGAUGAGGACGAUGAGAAGGAGGAUGGAGAGAGAGGAAAAGUAGAUGGGACUACAGAGGGAGGAGAGAACAAAGUGAGAGCGGAGGAGGGAGGACGGCCUGGCCACAAAAGACAAGGGGAGAUGGAUGGAGGGCAACAGAGGAGAAAAGGAGAGCGAGAGAAAGAUGGACACCGCAGCAGAGGUAAAAGACAAGGUGGUGGAGGAGGCAGGAAAACGCCUCCAGAGGUCGCCUCCUCCACUCCUGCUGCCCACGGAGUAGUGGCAGACUCUCUUCAGGGCCAAAUGCCUGCCUCUCAGGAGGACCAUAUAACAUCUGACCCCCACAGGGCUGCACAUACACCACCCACCUACAAUGGAGAGGCACAGCCAUCCCCUCACUCCUCUGGGGAGGAUAUGGAAAUAUCAGAUGAAGAUGACAAUGCCAUCACCACAGCAACACCCCAUCCGGCCGCGUCUUCAUCCUCAUCACCAGCCGCCUCCUCACAACCUGCUCUCCCUUCCCAAACCCCAGAUCCCUCUUCCAGUCCUCCCCCCGACACCAGCCAGCACUUUAGCACCACCAUGCCACCUCCACCCAUUCCGUCUUAUCCUCCCCACCUCCCUCCUCCACCUCCACCUGGCUUCUCCCUGCAGCCCCCUCCACCGCCCGGCAUACCCCCUCCGCUUCCUCACAUGGAGCUGCACCCCGAGUAUCCCCCUCCCCUGCCGCAACACAUGUACGACUACGCCAGCUCCAUGGAGCUCAUGAGCCAGUACAGCGGCGGGGCGCCAAUGUCAUUUCAAAUGCAGACGCACAUGCUCACCCGUCUCCACCAGAUGCGAAUGGCUUCUUCUAACAGCACUACAGUACCCCCUGGAGAAGUCCCGCCCACCUCUGAAUAUCCUCCCUCGUAUCACCUUCAUUCUAUACCUCCUCCCCACCACCCGCAUCACCCGUACAUGGACCAAGAGGGGACUGUGGUCACCCACUAUGACCAGGACCACCGCUACAUCCCUCCUCACUUACCGUACGCCUACCCGGACCCUCAUGCCGCGCAGCUUCCGCCUUCUCACCAUCACGCCAUCCCGCCCCUCCACAGUCCCUGGCCUCACCACCUCCUGCCUCAGCAGUUCACCCCUAACUACCCUCCACCUGCCUUUGGGACGGUGCCUGGCAUUGACGGAGAGGUGUAUGGAACAGCAGGUGACCAGAUGGCCAUUAUGGGGCACAACCCGUAUGAGGCGGUAGUGCAGCAGGUAUUGGCAGCUUUGAUUGAGGAGAUGAAGAACAUCAUGCAGAGGGACCUUAAUCGCAAGAUGGUGGAGAACGUCGCUUUUGGCACUUUCGAUGAGUGGUGGGACCGCAAGGAGAGGAAAGCUAAGCCAUUCCAGACAGCUAUGCGGGGAGUGUCAGUGGUGCGUGAGGAAGAGAAGAAGGAAGAGAAGACAAGCAACCGACCUCGAGAACCGCUUAUGUCUCUGGUUGACUGGGCCAAGAGUGGCGGCAUGGAGGGUUUCUCCCUGCGGGGGGCAUUGCGUUUGCCUUCUUUCAAGGUGAAAAGGAAGGAGCCUCUGGAGCUUGGAGAGGGUGGUGAGCUAAAGAGAGCUAGACCUUCCACUCCACCUGAUGAAGAAGACGAAGAUUCCUAUCAGGGGAAAUCUGCAGACACUUCUACAGGAAGAACAGAAGAGAGGCGUGCAGCGGAAAGAGCAGCAGCCCAGAGAAGAAGAAGAGCCAAGGCCCGUAAAUCAUACGACCUGGACAGCGAGGGAGAAGAAACUUCAGAUGGUUCCUCUUCUGAGAAGGAGGACGAUGAAGACAGUGACAAAGUGGAUGAGUCAGAUGACGAAGCCCUUAGUGCAGACAGUGAUGACGAGAGCAUUUCUUCCUCCUCCUCUGAGAGCUCAUCAUCCUCCUCUUCAUCGUCCUCUUCUUCGGAUGAGGAAGAUGAAGAGGAAGGUGAGCAGGGAGCAGAGAGUGAGUCAUUGGACACAAUGGAUGAGUCUACAAUGGACAGUGUGGCUGUGGAUGCAGACAAAGAUGAAAGGGACAAAGCAAGCCUCGACCAAUCAUCAGUGACCGUCAAGCCAGAAGAAGAAAAAAUAGCUCCAACCCUGCCUCCAUCUUCACCAUAUCCCCGUCCUUCCUCUCCCAUUCUCCUCCUCCCACCGCUAAAGAAACGUCGCAAGACGGUUUCUUUUUCAGUGGAAGAAAACGAGGUCAAGCCUUCUGUUUUGCCGUCAUCUGCUCCCUCUCCAUCUUCAACUCCUGCCUUACAGUCUCAAGCUCCAGAUCUUCCAUCUUCAGCUACUCCUGGAAGCCCAACCAUUGCCCUGCUGGCCUCCUCCAAGCCUCUCCCCAUGCUCCUCCCAUUUGCUUCUCGUCCCAGCGAGGGCAGCGCCCUUGCCUCCCCUGCCUCCCCUUCCACCGUUCUCACCGUCCCUCCACCUGUACGUUCCCUGCGGCCUGAUGAGCCCAAAAAGGGUCCAGCUCUCUCUCCGACUCCCUCCGGUAAAAAUUCCUCCAAACGUGCGGCGGGCAAAGACUCACCCAGAACCCCUCCAACACCUGUCUGUCUCACUGUCCAGAACCUCCCUCUGGACCAUGCCUCAUUGGUCAAAAUAGCCUACGAGGACCCCAUCCCUGUUCCAAUGGCUCAAAAGGGUCGCCAACGUGGCCGCCCUCGGACGCUCAGCCAGUUGGUUUCUCCUUCCCCCUCCCUGCACCCUGCUCUGCGGGAAGAGGAAGGCGGGGAGGAUGAGGAGGAGUUGGAGCAGCGGCUGAAACUCAGGGAGCAGCUGGGAGUGUCCAGCCUGUUGCAGUUGGCCUCUGUCUCUAAACCUGACCUGUCCGUGCUGGCCGAUGUAGCACUGAAGAUGGACCCCGAGGCAGAUAUCGAUUCGGAAGAAACGGAGACCUCAGAUGAGGCAGAGGAGCACAAGCUGGAGGAGGAAGAGGGAGAUAUGUUCUCCCCUCACCUACGCCAACCACUCCUGGAUCCAGAGGGUCUGUUUGUCCUGCAGGAACACAACUAUUCAAAAACUGUCCCACUUCUCACCUCUCCUCAGAAAAGAUCGAAACAGGACCCAACUGUCCUGCUUCCUGCAGACCUCAAUCAGCAUGGUGUCCAGGAAGCUCCAGAGGAGGUCAUUGGAGAAGCUCUUGCAGGCAGGGCAGGGGCUCCAGGCCUGUAUGGAGAUCUUGCCGGAGUGGUGUGCGAAUCCCGGGACACUGCUGAGGCGCAGUUGAAGUCUCUAGUCCCUCAUCACAAGAGGAAAGGAUCAGUUAAUAGGGAGCUGGAAGUGGUGGAGCGGGGGAAAGGCAAGAGCAAAAAGAGGAGUAGGAAGGACAAAGAGAAUGAGGACCUUCAGGCCAUCAAAAAACAAAAAGAGAAACCGGUCAAGAAACAGAGGAAACGGAAGUUAGAGGAGUUUGAAGAAGAUGUGGAUGUCGAGCAACUGGAGUCUGGUGAGCUUUCCAGCUCCGACUCGGGCGACUCAGAGUUUGGCUUGGACAGAUCUCUGGAGCUUGAAAAGGAAGAGGUUAGAAAGAGCGAGCGGCUCUUUCUACAGGAGGCUGGAGUGAUCCCCUCAAACCAGCGCCGAUCCAAACACACCCUGGAGCCUGCACCCGCGCCUCGUCCCUCGUUUAAGAAUCGCAGCGAGUUCGAGCAGAUGACCAUCUUGUAUGACAUUUGGAACACAGGCCUGGAUCAGGAAGAUAUGAGGCUUCUGAUGUGCACCUAUGAGAAACUGCUACAAGAUGACCGUGGAACCGACUGGCUCAAUGACACACACUGGGUCCCUCAUACCAUCACCAACAUCCCAAACCCUCGGCGGAAGAAAAAGACACCAGAUGGACAGCUAAGAGAACAUGUUACAGGCUGUGCUCGCAGUGAGGGAUACUACGCCAUCAGCCGCAAGGAGAAAGACGUCUAUCUCCACCGUCUGCUAGAUCAGCCAGUGACAGUACAGGAAAUUGGCGACUACGAUACUGCUGGCUCCAACCGUCUGCUGUCUGAGAGGCGUUCAGAGCAGCGGCGUCUUCUCAGCGCUAUCGGCACUCCAGCAGUAAUGGACUCAGACCUGUUGAAACUUAACCAGCUUAAGUUCCGUAAGAAGCAGCUGAGGUUCGGCCGUAGCCGCAUUCACGAAUGGGGCCUGUUUGCCAUGGAGCCCAUUGCUGCAGAUGAGAUGGUCAUUGAAUAUGUGGGACAGAAUAUCAGACAGAUGGUGGCUGAUAAUCGGGAGAAGCGCUACGCCCAGGAAGGCAUCGGGAGCAGCUAUCUAUUCCGUGUCGACCAUGACACUAUUAUUGAUGCCACAAAGUGUGGCAACUUGGCUCGAUUUAUUAACCACUGCUGCACACCCAACUGCUAUGCCAAAGUGAUCACCAUCGAGUCCCAGAAGAAGAUAGUCAUAUACUCCAAGCAGCCGAUUGGUGUGAAUGAGGAGAUCACGUACGACUACAAGUUCCCCAUCGAAGAGAACAAAAUUCCCUGUCUGUGUGGGACGGAAAACUGCAGAGGAACCCUUAAUUAAAGCAAGUUUCCAGGUCCUUCCCCUAAUAAAUCACUUGCAAGUUUUCUUGGCCUAUAAGCUGCUUUUCUCAGAGCAACAGAUGUGCGUGACACGUAAUGGAGGAACUUGCAGUAAAAUGAAAAAGUUUAUCCUCGAUAACAGAUGAGGGCACAGACACACCCUGAGAACAUUUGGCUAGUUGACACCCUCUCGCACAAAAAUAGAUGUUUGGAUGUUUAGAUGUAAACACAACCCAGGGUCAUCUUAAUCUCAGCACUGCCGCAGCAUCUUAAGUUGCACAUCAGAAUUAGUUUUCUUUCCCUGACCCGGCCCUGAUUGAAUGUAUUCCUCCCUUUGCAGCUGUAUGUGGUAUUUUGUUUUGGCCAAGGUCUGUAUUGUGAAGUCUAGCUGAUAAGCCGUAAACUAACUGCACAGAAAAAUAUUCUGCUCAUGUAUACACAACAUUUGACCAUUGCAGACACCCUUAAAGUGCUGGGUGCUUUUUCUUUUGAUUUUUUUAAAUCAAGGGGAACGUUUUAAAGACAUGCAUUUAGGACUUUUUGUAGUACUACGCCCCGGUAAAAAGCGAGAGUACUAGUUUUAGUUAUUGAAGUAUAUUUAUUACAGUCAGUUAAAAAGUGUGAGAGUUUGCCAGUCAAUUAACUGAAAUAACUGUGUAGAAUCACCCCUGCCUUUUCAUAUGGAGCUGUUUUGGCGCACACGUUCUUUGAACUGAAUGGGACUGAAAAAUGUUUGUUUGAGAUGUCCCUCUUACCAACUUGUUGGUUAUCUGUAACAAACUUUAGUAAGCUCUGUUGUUACAUUGUACAUGGAUAUUUUAUUUUUUAUAAAUAAGUUCAUACAAUUUCUGUACACUGUAACAACAGUCAUUCUAGAGGUUAUGUUGUUCCUUACCAUGUUGUGUUAUUGUUUUAAUACACCUAUCAUUAAGUUAAACAUAUUUUCGGUAAGUUUCAUCAGUUGUUUUUAGCAAUAUAAAGAGGAUAUAUGUUGUGUGCUAAAGCUAAGCACACUUCUGAAAAAGAAGAUAAAAGUUGAAGUCAGUGAGUUUUUCCUUCUGCGUUGAUGUUUUUGGACCACUGAACGUGAAGCUUGUGUAUUAGGAUUGAGGAAGAACAGUGCAGGUUUUGAUCUUAAGCACUCCUGGACUUGCAAGCUGCAUUGGAUGUGCAUAUUCCAACAUAAUAUUAAUAUCCCCUCAAGAGAGUAAAGCAAGGGUGGUGUCUGUUUAUCUGUCCUCAUAUUAUCAGUUGUCUCUCUCCCCCUCCACUUUUCCAGUAAAUGUCUGUGAAGUUGACAUGCCUCAUAUACCUUCUCAUUUUUCACUUUGUACUUUGGGCGUUGCCAGCAUUCUGUUCCUUUGAGAGGAAAAUGUGUAAAAUAUGUAGAUUUAUCACAGUCUUUCUGUAAAAACUGAUCCGCAGAAGCAUAACCAUACAAAAUGUACAAAAAGGACAAAAAAAGUUAAAAGAAUUGCGUGUAAAUAUUGUAGAGGUGUUUGUUUCUCGUAGAAACACACUGGUAGUCUGUAAAUAUGUUCAUCUUUUUCCUACUUCCCAUUGCAAGAAAAUAAUUGUACAUACCUAUCAUUCAGUUAUCUUAUGUUUUUUUUGUUCGUUUAUGUUGUUUUAUUUCUUUUAAUUUGGUUUAAAGUUUUAAUAUUAUUUGCAAUAUUUCUCUUGUAUUAAUGCGUUGGAACCUUUAUUAAUGGUGCA